CUGAAACAACAUGCAGAAGUCUGCGUGUCACGCAGCACGCUCAAUAUGCUAUAAUUCUACACGCGCACGAGAAUAAUAAUGUCCGUUCGGUUCGCGAGCGCUUUGACCGUCUUUAUUAUAACGGUUUGGCUCCGCCCUCCUACCUGUAAAUCUCCCCAACUAUCUGUGGAGCAGAUCUGACGGGCAGCCUGGAUCAGCUGAGGAAAGUGAAUGAGGACAGCGACAUCUCAUUGAUAGCGAAAUAAUUGCCGAAACGCAGAUAUGUGAACGGGUUCCUCCACCGAGCCGCUCAAGACUACAAAGAGCAGUUUCUCUCCCGGCUGAAUAGCUUCGAAGACAUUGAUUAAGUUGGUGUUUAUGGGAGAAAUAUCGAUUAGACACCGCUGAGGCGACCCUGUCAAUGGAGCUUGGACGUACACACGCCGUCUGAGGAACACCACCACCAACGGACAGCCGUUUUCCUCCCCUCAGAAAUCCCCUGCUUUCUCACCAAACGAAUAUUUGUGUUAGACGCCGUUUUAUUUUGAAAAUAUGGAAAAAGACGAGGACAACCCUUCAAAAUGAAAAAUUUAAGUCGUCAUUAAUGCGGAUUUAAAUGUCUCGCGCUGAGGGAAACGCACUCGCGAUUUCUCCUCACGCUCUCCAAACAGCUUAUUUUUUUCUCGCAGAAAGAUAUUGCUCAAAAAUAUUAUUCACACUGAGCAGACGUGGAUAGAGAAAACCCGAGCAGAAAGGAGAGGGUUAUUUGAAGCAAUAUGGCUGAUGGCUGGGGUUGGGGCCGCUGGCAGGAGCUCUCCAAAGCUUCUUCUCAAUGCUAGCCGUGGCAGAUGGCAACGGAUCCUAUGGCAGCAGCAGCAGCCCUAGAAUGAGUAACAAUAUCAUAUAUAAUAAAAAUUCGGACUCUUCUGUCUCUAUAUCGAAGAUGGACGUGAUCAUCCCGUUCUCACCAGACGUACCCUGUGACAGCAAUGGUCAGCGCAUGUGGUGGGCUUUCCUCGCCUCAUCCAUGGUGACGUUCUUCGGGGGUCUCUUCAUCAUCCUCCUGUGGAGGACCCUCAAGUAUCUGUGGACUGUCUGCUGCCAUUGCAACAUCAAACAUAAGGAGGCACAGAAGGUGAAUAACCCUAUGAACAAUCAGGCUGAUGGAGCACCGAAGACCCUGGGUGAUAAAGAAGAAGCCCCAGCCAGUGAGGUGGGCUGGAUGACAUCAGUCAAAGACUGGGCGGGGGUCAUGAUCUCAGCACAGACCCUUACCGGCAGAGUUCUGGUGGUGUUGGUCUUUGCACUUAGCAUUGGAGCUCUGGGAAUAUACUUCAUAGAUUCUUCGGAUCCUAUAGAAUCCUGUCAGAAUUUCUACAAAGACUUCACAUUACAAAUUGACAUGGCAUUCAAUGUGUUCUUCUUACUCUACUUUGGCCUGCGUUUUAUAGCAGCCAAUGACAAGCUGUGGUUCUGGUUGGAGGUGAACUCAGUAGUGGAUUUCUUCACCGUACCACCUGUGUUCGUUUCAGUGUACCUGAAUAGGAGCUGGCUGGGUCUGAGAUUUCUAAGGGCCUUGAGAUUGAUACAGUUCUCAGAAAUUUUACAGUUUUUGAAUAUCUUAAAAACAAGUAAUUCCAUCAAGCUGGUGAACCUGUGUUCCAUCUUCAUAAGCACAUGGCUCACUGCUGCAGGAUUCAUUCAUCUGGUGGAAAACUCAGGGGAUCCAUGGGAGAACUUCCAAAACUCUCAACCGCUCUCAUAUUGGGAAUGCGUGUACUUAUUAAUGGUCACUAUGUCCACGGUGGGAUAUGGAGACGUAUAUGCAAGAACCACACUUGGACGCCUUUUCAUGGUCUUCUUCAUUCUUGGUGGUCUGGCCAUGUUUGCCAGCUACGUCCCUGAAAUCAUAGAGUUAAUAGGAAACCGCAAGAAAUAUGGUGGUUCCUAUAGUGCGGUAAAUGGCAGAAAGCACAUUGUGGUCUGUGGUCAUAUCACGCUCGAAAGUGUUUCCAACUUCCUUAAAGACUUCCUACACAAGGACAGGGAUGAUGUCAAUGUAGAAAUAGUUUUUCUUCAUAAUAUUUCCCCUAAUCUUGAGCUGGAAGCCUUGUUCAAACGUCACUUCACUCAGGUGGAAUUCUAUCAAGGAUCAGUCCUCAACCCACAUGAUCUAGCAAGAGUGAAGAUAGAGUCAGCGGACGCCUGCUUGAUUCUUGCAAACAAAUAUUGUGCAGACCCUGAUGCUGAAGAUGCCUCCAAUAUUAUGAGAGUAAUAUCUAUCAAGAACUACCAUCCAAAGAUCAGAAUAAUAACUCAGAUGUUGCAGUACCACAACAAGGCCCAUCUGCUAAACAUUCCCAGUUGGAACUGGAAGGAAGGCGAUGAUGCGAUCUGCCUGGCCGAGCUGAAGGCAGGCUUCAUUGCUCAGAGCUGCCUGGCACAGGGCCUGUCCACCAUGCUUGCCAACCUAUUCUCCAUGAGGUCAUACAUCAAGAUUGAGGAGGACACCUGGCAGAAGUAUUAUCUGGAGGGAGUGGCCAAUGAAAUGUACACUGAGUACCUGUCCAGUGCCUUUGUGGGGCUUUCAUUUCCUACAGUUUGCGAGUUGUGCUAUGUGAAGCUCAAGUUGUUGUUAAUCGCUAUCGAAUACAAGUCAGAGCAGAGGGAAAGCAGUAUUCUGAUCAAUCCGGGAAAUCAUGUUAAGAUGCAAGAGGGGACAUUGGGAUUCUUUAUCGCCAGUGACGCCAAAGAGGUGAAAAGAGCAUUUUUCUACUGCAAAGCUUGUCAUGAUGACAUCACAGAUCCCAAAAGGAUAAAAAAGUGUGGCUGCAAAAGAAUAGUAUAUUCCAAGAUGUCCGUCUACAAGCGAAUGAAACUGGCAUGUUGUUUUGAUUGCGGGCGCUCUGAGCGUGACUGCUCGUGCAUGUCAGGCAGUGUACAUAGUAACAUGGACAGCCUUCAGAGGGCCUUCCCACUUUCUUCUGUCUCUGUUCAUGAUUGCUCAACCAGUUUACGUGCCUCCAAAUAUAAGUUUAACGGAUAUGUCAGAUCACCAGCAGAUGGCGCUACAACUCCAGGGAAAAUGGGAUUGCUGAGACAGUCUGGGGUUCGAUUCAAAGCUGAAAGCAUUUUAGUCGAAGACGAGCGUCCGUCAACACUGUCACCUAAAAAGAAGCAGCGCAAUGGAGGCAUGCGGAAUUCACCCAACUGCUCACCCAAAAUGAUGAGACAUGACCCUCUACUCAUUCCAGGAAACGAGCAGAUUGAGAACAUGGAUGCUAAUGUAAAGAGAUAUGACUCCACUGGAAUGUUUCAUUGGUGUCCAUCCAAAGAGAUUGAGAAGGUCAUUCUGACACGCAGCGAGGCCUCCAUGACGGUUUUAAGUGGUCAUGUUGUAGUAUGUAUAUUUGGAGAUGUCACGUCAGCUUUAGUGGGGCUUCGAAACUUGGUGAUGCCUUUGAGAGCAAGCAACUUCCAUUAUCACGAGCUAAAGCCCAUCGUGUUUGUGGGCUCAUUAGACUAUCUGAGAAGAGAGUGGGAAACCCUUCACAACUUCCCCAAAGUCUCCAUCUUACCUGGUACACCAUUAAGUCGAGCUGAUUUAAGGGCCGUCAACAUCAACCUCUGCGACAUGUGCGUUAUCCUGUCAGCCAAUCAGAACAAUAUCGACGAUGCUUCACUGCAGGACAAGGAAUGCAUCUUGGCGUCUCUUAACAUCAAAUCUAUGCAGUUUGAUGACAGCAUUGGGGUCUUGCAGGCUAAUUCCCAAGGUUUCACACCUCCCGGGAUGGAUCGGUCAUCUCCAGAUAACAGUCCAGUGCAUGGCUUAGUGCGGCAGGCAUCCGUCACCACCGGAUCAAACAUCCCAAUCAUAACUGAACUCGCUAAGCCUGGCAAACUACUGCCUUUGGUUUCAUUAAGUCAGGAAAAAAACAGUGGAACCAACAUACAAAUGAUAACAGAACUGGUGAAUGACUCCAAUGUUCAGUUUUUGGACCAAGAUGAUGAUGAUGACCCAGAUACGGAGCUGUAUCUGACCCAACCGUUUGCCUGUGGCACUGCGUUUGCCAUCAGCGUGUUGGACUCCCUCAUGAGUGCGACAUACUUCAAUGAUAAUAUCCUCACCCUGAUCCGGACGCUGGUCACGGGAGGCGCCACUCCAGAGCUGGAGGCCCUGUUGGCUGAGGAGAACGCACUGAGAGGUGGCUACAGCACGCCGCAGACACUGGCUAACAGGGACAGGUGUCGGGUUGCCCAGCUGGCCCUGUACGAUGGACCCUUCGCAGACUUGGGGGAUGGCGGUUGCUAUGGGGACUUAUUUUGUAAAGCACUGAAAACAUACAACAUGCUGUGCUUUGGAAUCUAUAGAUUACGAGAUGCACAUUUAAGUACACCAAGCCAGUGCAUGAAAAGAUAUGUCAUCACAAACCCGCCUUACGAGUUUGAGCUGGUGCCCACAGACCUGAUCUUCUGUCUGAUGCAGUUUGACCACAACGCGGGCCAGUCCCGAGCAAGUCUGUCCCACUCUUCCCAUUCCUCCCAUUCAUCCAGCAAGAAGAGCUCUUCAGUUCACUCCAUCCCAGCCACGAACCGUCAGAACCGCAGCAGCAAAGCACGAGAAGCCCGGGACAAACAGAAUGCAACAAGGAUGAAUAGAAUGGGCCCAGAAAAGAGAUGGUUUACAGAUGAAGCAGAAAAUGCAUACCCACGGAACAUUCAAAUCAAGCCCAUGAGCACUCACAUGACCAACCAAGUCAAUCAGUACAAAUCCACAAGUAGUCUGAUUCCACCAAUCCGAGAAGUCGAAGAUGAAUGCUGAAUGAAUUCCCCAGCCUUUACCAUCAUGGAGGGAGUUGGGUCAGCGUGCUAUAAAAGAUGAGCUGUAAUCGUGGAAUGAUGACAACGCCAACACAUUGUUCUUCCCUUGUACAACAUGAGGGUUCGAAGCGAUCAGAGAACUGGAAGUGGGACCUCCUAUGUGUAUACCUUUAAUGUGACUUCCAAACUUUUGUAUAUGUAUACAUAGUCAUGUACAUAAUGACAAUCAAGUAAGGAUUGUACAGCCCCUAGCACUUUUUGAAAUUAUGUUAACAGGCAAAAAAAAUAAAAAGUACUUCCUGUGAUUCUUCGCAAUAUCUCACCUUUGCUGUGACCUGACUCCACGCAGAGGGCAUAUAUAACGGAGGAUGAGGGUCACACCUUCAUUCACGUCAUCCAGACACUACCCAAAGAUUGUCUUCAGAAGCUUCACAUCAGUCCCACUGAUUGAGUUGCAUAUCCUUUGUCCGUUUUUGUUUUGCACUACAUAUCACCACGUAAUAAUCUUUGUGUAGCUCAUGACUAGGAAAGAGUAAAAGCUUUCCCUCAGUUGUCCUGAGUUGGGUGAGAUGAGGCUACAGUAGGGCUGUUAAAGGAAUGGCUUUGUUCAGGAAAAAAGGUGUCAUAAGUGUUUGCGUGACAGGGUAUGCAUUGACCGUACUCCUGCAUGGUGUGUUGCCUGAAGUAACCUGAACUUCCGGCUCAGGAAAGGAUGCCCUUUUCCAUCCAUAUAUAGACUGUUUAGGCAUAUAUAUAUAUAUAUAUAUUCUUUAUAUACAUAUUAGGUAUAUAUAUACAUAUUAUGUAUAUAUAUAUAUAUAUAUAUAUACAUAUUAGUCAGAGAGAGAGAGAAUAUGGAAAUGUGUUUGCUGUACUUGUCGUUUAAUGCGAAAUGUUGUCCCCAACGUAGCUCUUCGAAAUUGGCAAUACAAUGAGGAUAUGCACUACUUCUGUUGAUGUCUUGCCAUUAUCCAUGACUGCUGGUGUGGCAUUUGUUUGGGAAACUGUCUGUGAGCAAGGCUUAUUGUGCGUUUUUUUGUAAGAAUCACUCGUUUGCGUCUGUGGUUCUGCUAUUAACACAACUGUGUGGUUACAAAUAUCACCUGCUGAUAAUUCAACAAUGAUUGAGCUUUUUACCCUAAAACCUUCUCAAACUUGAAAUGAAGCUGACAUGAAAAAAGAUAUCAAAUUGCCACAUAUUGCGAAAAGUGGGCAUCAUUGGUUCCUCCUUUGGAUGUAGCCACUGCCUGACACAGGGUUGGCACAGGGGUGGAAAAGUGCUUGGAUGUUCUCUGUGACCAGCCAAGAUGCCUUAAAUUCUGUUGUUGACAAAGACAUGCAGAAGCUCAAUCAUUAUUUUCAAUUAUCAGCCAAAAAAAAAAUAAUAAAUAACUUGUAGGUGAUAAAAAUGAAUAUCAAGGUUACACAUUUAUGUUGUACCUUUGUUAAGUAGAACAUAUACUGAAGCAAAUGCUUCUCAGAACUUUGAACUUUGCUUCAAGUGCUCUGUCAGAUUUAUACAUAAGUACAUUCUUAUUUUUUAUCCAUGAGCGUAAUCAUUUUGUACUUAUUUUUAUACAUAUCAGAGAACUUUAUUUCUAAAUGUACCUUAUAUCUUAAUAGCUACAGUGCACACCGGUUUGGUUUCUGGUCCAGUUUUGCCCCCGACGACAGAACAUAUCACAAAACAUCAAACAGGACAAGUCAAAUAUCUCUGAACCAGAGUCAAAAAGUCAAAAUUUUAGCUUUCCAUGUGGAGUGCUCUUUGAUACUCACAUGGGCUGCUUUGAAGGACCUCUGUAGCUAUCAGGGACUAAAAAUGGUUCAAGGAACGAAAACCGAAAUCGAACACAAUUUUUUGCAGAACAUAACCAAAAACUAGAACAAAGUGAUUUUAAAUUGUUCCGGAGUGAAAACGUUAUUUUAAAUACUAAUAACCAGUUAUAACCCGUUAAUUUUUUCCGAUCAUUUUUUUCAUGAAACUAAAGGCGAAAGGGUUUAUCACACAUUUUGGAACUACACCUCUUCAUGCUGCCCGAAAAAAUGAAACGUGCUUUGAUCCUGAAGGAAACUGCUGCAUCACACAUUUCUUUGCCUAACUGCCCGUUGUGGAUGUCGCAUUCUGUGAAUGAAGACGUUUUUAACAACUAUGUAUAAAUACCACAUAUACAUGCAUAGCUAAUCCAGAUACAAGCAAAACAUUAUUAGAGGUAAAAAGUACUUUUCUCUGUUGUUUCCAGGUCUUCACUGAAUUAUUGUCUGAUAUGAUGCAUUAAUACAGAUUUGAUGCUACCGGGCUUUGACUCAGAAGCAGAUCUGUAAAUAAAAUGAUACUUAACUGUUAAUUAACUGCUUGUUAUGAUUUCUAUGCCAAUAAAUCCACCACACAGGGGGAAAUAUAGCAUAUUUUAGCUUAUUUUUGUGAGGCAAGUGGCUUAUUUUGGGCUUGUUUUUCCAGACAGGUUGCUUGUUUCUGUUGCGAGAUCUGACAACACUGCAACUGGUAUUCCACCCACCCCUUACCACAGAGUAUUGUCAUUUUAAAAAGAACAUUAUUAACUGUUCUUUUAUUUUGUUCUAUCCUUUUGGAAAGGAGGCUGUGGAACUUCUGAACCAGAACAAAAAAAUCAGAAUGAACCGUAAUGAAAAACAUUUCGUUUUUAGUCCCUGGUAGCUAUACUACUAAAAACAGCAUGUGUGCUUUCAUUUUCAUAAGCUAACAGAGAUGAAAACAAACAGUGAAUGACUGAUGACACUUUUAUGUAAUUCCAAGUAAAAGUGAUGUUGAUCCUCAGACACAAACUCAGAGAUUUGCAUGAGGGGGGGGGGGGCACUUCUUUUUCUGUUAUGAGAGUAGAGAUGAUAAUAUUUGUGAUGUUUGACCUAAAUCAGGUCUCUGUAAAGUGAGGAACAUAAUUCGAUCAUAAUGCCAUGAAAAAAACGUAAGAUGUUCUCAAGCAGCUGUGAGCUAAUAGCCAUAUGAUUGUAUAUGCAAGAAGAUAAAAAGAGUUCCAUUCACCUAGUAAAAAAAAAUAAAAAAUGCAUAGUGUAAAAAUAUACUGUAUCAAUUCUGCCCAUUCUAGUCCGCUUUGAUUUUCUAAAGUAAAAGGAUCUCAGCUUUAUUGUUUGUUUACUAGACAAUUAGGCUUUGUCCUGAAGUGAUUUUCUGAAUUGUGAUUACAUUGGUGUUACACUUUGUAGCAAGUAGAUUUCUUAUUAAAUGAAAAAAAAAAAAAAAAGUUUAAUUAUAAUAAUAAUAAUGUAAGUAAACUUUAUGUAGAAUUGGAUUGUCAAUAACAUACUUGUCAUUAACAAAGAGAGAGAGAGAGAGAGAGAGAGAGAGAGAUUUUGAGCUAAAAUGAAUCAUAUAUACCUUGGAGUCAAAUGUCAAAUUUAUUUGAUCAUCAUUUGUUUUCCUUCUACGUAGGGUCCUUUUUUGUAAUGAAACUACAGUGCAUUACAAAGAAAGGCCAAUGGAUCGGUAAGGACAGCAGGUUUUAUUUGAUGACAAAAGUGUAGAUGCACCCUGAGGGCAGCAGAGAAGGCAAACUAGCUCUUUGUUUUUGAGGAUUACGUACAACCAGGUUUUUACAUUCCAUUUUGUCAUCAACAUUUUUAAUCAGCUACAAACUUAUAGUUUGAAAAUGUUAAAAUAAUUUGUUUGUUUACAGACUUUUUGAAAAGACAAUACUCAGGUAGCAAUCCUGAUGACAAAAAUGCAAAAUCAAGCUUGCUUACAUAGUUUAUUUUUUUAUUUAUUUAUUUGUUCACUAUUCUCAAAUAAGCUGAAAUAUUCUUUGCCGCAACACAUGUGCAAUGUUUUAGUUUCAUGCUAUUUAUUUGUACAUCAUGUGAAACGAUACUACAGUGUACACAUAUCAUAGUCUUUACAGUGCCAUGAAAUGUAUCUAUCUACUAGCAUCAGUCAGUCAUUUGUUGGUCAUAGGGGGUGAAUUUAGUACAUGAUGGCAUCUAAUACUGGCAUGGAGAACAUCCAAGCCAUCCUUGCCUCCAUGCCAGCACAGUGCCAGGCAGUGCAGGAAGACCAAAGGAGGAACUCUAUAAGACCCACUAAAGCGAAAAGUGGCAUUAUGACAGGCACAAAGACACGUGCCUAUGCAAGCUGCUGAAAUCCAUUCACUUUGAUUAUGGACAAGAUGUUUAAAUUCAGAGGAGACUGCAAUGACUGAAAGAUGUUGGGUAGAGCUAAAUAUGUUUAGUUGGAUCACCUCUUACUGUAUUCAAUAGAUAAAGCAACCUUACUGAUGUGAUAUGUAAUACACAACUGCCAUAUUGCAUAUUUUGGCUAUUUUAUUCUACUGUAAAGGACAGAUUAAGUUUUAGAAACUGUAAAAAGAAAAUACACUGUAACAGAAUAAAUACUUGGAGGAAAAGAAGUCUUAACAUGCUGAAAUAGCAUAUGGAUUACUGUUUUGUUGCUGUCUUUUCUUCCACUUCAAUAAAUAAUCAAAAACAUUCAUAUACACAUGUAAUUAUUGGCACACUCCUUUCACGAAAAAGGUUUCCAUAGCAGAAUUGGAUUUGAGUAAUGGAAGUGAAGAACUUGCUGGUGCUGAGCUGAUCUACCUGACUCUGUCAAAUAUAACCUGCUGAUUAACUUGUACAAAAAGUUUGUACAUACAGUAAAUUGUACAUGGUUUCUUUUUGUAUUUUCUCAAAUUAAAAUUGAUGUAUUUGUGUUCAA